AUGACAGCUGCUUCUACCCCAGCUUCCUCAACACCAUCCGGCCGUGGUCUGCCACAUUCUGCAGCUCCAUCCGCCGGCUCCAACACCACCACUGCAGCCUCGCCAUCUUUCCGAUUCAACGGCUCGCCUUCUGGACCCUCGAGAGAUCAUCAACGCACCGAGCUCUACGAUCAAAGUGGACGUUCUUCCGGGCAAAGUCACCACGCAUCAUCGGCUCGACAUGAGCAUUCCACGUCCAAUGCUUCCCCUUCCAAAUCACAAUCCAAGCAGAACAGCAGGUCUUCCUCAUCUUACGCGCCAUCGCGACGAAAAAGCAACAUGAACAGCAACGACAAAUCAGAGAAGCGUCGAAGCAGCCGUGCUUGCCUGGAAUGCCGGCUGGCCAAGACCAAGUGCCAUGUCACAGACAGUCAGGACGUCUGCGACCGCUGCGCCAAGUUCUCCUUCGACUGCAAAUUCGUUAGGCAUCAUCGAGGCCGCAAGCCUGUCUCAAAGCUGGCUUCCAUCGAUGCUGAUGAUCUUGAUGAAGCGGGCUUAAGGCUCGGAGCAUCCGAUGACGACAUGGCGACAGACCACGACAGCGACUCAGCCAAUGAAGAGCCCCCAACAAAGCAUGGCUCCUCCUCUGCGAACAACGAAGAUGGCGCCCGUACGGCAGACAGCGCCAAUGCAGGGCAUGAAGACUCGGUCAUGCAGACUGCUAGCGCCUCAGACGGGGCUCAGCGGAGAAGUAGAGACGUCGCACCAAACAGGGCGUCAGGCAGUCGCUCGCACAGCAAAGCGAGACUACACAGAAAUGCAAACAGCCUACAUGAGCUCGACAUCAAUGCGAGACGGAGGAUCUGGGAGAUGCUUGCCCAAAAGAUCCCGCAGCGUGGUUCAACGUACACUUUCGUCAGCAAAGGUGAAGUGGCUCAUGACAACCUUCAGGGCUCAUCCAAGUCUUCCGGCAAAAGCGGCAGCGGCAAGAACGCCUCGUCUUCGUCCUCCGGCCCCGGAGCCAACGGCAAAGACGCCAAUGAUGACGACGCAGACAAGGUCAAAGCCGAGAUGCAGUCGCAACAAUCGGGUUCCGAUGCUAUGCAGGGCCCUUCGCAGUCCGACAAAAGCUCGGCACCUUCGCAACACUUUGCGUCGACCUUCCGCAAUCUCCUCCGUCCUGUUGAUAAGCGCGCAAGCGCUACAACGGCUCAGGAGGAAGCAGCAUCAGCAGUCACUGCAAGAUAUCCUCGUCUACCAGAGACGCUCAACUUGUUUGGACCCAAGGACCCCGUCGACCUGGGCAUUCUGUCGAUGGCUGCGGCGCGUCGGCUCUAUACCUAUUACUUCAGGCACUUGAAUCCAUGGGGCAUGAACUUUGAUCCCCACCUGGUAUCGCACGAUGCGGUUCGAGCUUCUUCGUCUUUCCUCUAUUCGACCAUUCUAUACCUAGCCUCGAGGUACAUCGAGCUUGCUGAUGCCGAUGAAGGACACUCUGACACAGCGGCAUCACUCUAUGCUACUGCAAGUUUUUCCAGGCCAAGGCCGGACGAUGACCGAAUGACGGCUGCGAUCUCAGCACAAUUGGGCAGUCAUGUUCGCAGUCUGGCGAUCACUGCAUUCGCAGUGGGAGACAGGAGGAUGGAGACCGGUGUUGCCAUGUAUCUCUCGUCCGUGUGGAAGGAAGCAGAUGACCACUUCACCAUCUUGUACUGCAGCUAUGCAGCCAAGAUCAUGAGCGACAUCCCUACAGAGCUUCUCUCCCUCCUUCCUUCUUCCAACAGCCCACCAGCGCGGGAGAAAAAUGGCAACUCCAAGUCGACAGACGAUGCUGACUCGGCCGCUGUGCUCCAGCAACAGCGACCGCGACGCAACCAACAGCGUCAAUUCCUUUUUCACUUCAUUCAAGAACAUACGCAUCUGCUCCACUUUGCACCUCGACCCAACUUCGAUCGCGGCCCGAGCUUGCUACGCAACCUUUUGGCGUGGGCGGAUGACGCACUGGCGACAGAGGACGACAUCUUGCUCUGUGCAGACAUCGACUCGGUGCUGCUCCAGACCAAGUACAAAUCGAUCAUGGAGCAGGCACAGGCGCAGGAGAAGGACACACUCUAUGGCGGCAGCGAGUGCUUCUUGUUGCUGCAGAGCUUCAUGGACGAGCUCGAGGGCUGGAGGAGCAGGUGGGAAUUGCAGGCUAGGAAGAUUGAUCAGCGUUUCCAACGCGCUAGCGCGCCGAUGGAGGAAGAUGACGAGCAACAGCAGGGCAAGGAGCGUCACAAUGGAGAGGGUGACGGUGACAAGAAAGACAGCAACGAAGUCAGCGCAGAUGGUACUGGAGAGGCAGUAGAAGAGAUGGACAAGAUUGCUGGCCACCUGCCGCUUGAUGCACGCAUGCACCUACUCAGCGUUAUGCGCAGCAGUUUGGUAAUGCAGAUCUCCUCUAUCGCCUUCCGUGCUUCGCUUCGUGAUAUCAACAAAGCCAAACCAACGGCCGUUUCUUCCAAGUUCAGCACCUCCAGCAACACGCAGUCUUCAGCGUUCUCGCCCUCUGCUCUAUCCGCAAUGGACGACCGGGCAGAACAAAUCUAUUACACAUGUCUCGAUUCGGCCCUCAACCUUCUCGUGCACACCAUGCAGAUGCCUCCGUCCAUCCUUCGACACGCACAAGACAUGAUCAUGGUUCUUGCCCCGCACGCUGCUCUUCUCGCCACCUAUCUGAUCUCUUUACCCCUGCCUUCUGUUCCGCCCAAUUUUGCUAGCGCAGCAGCUGGAUCUGAGAGGUUGGGAUACGAGUAUGCAAAGGUGAAGACGAGAAUCAGGAGGAGGAAAGAGUACGAGAGGAAAUGCUUGGAGUUGAUGAGGGAUACGAGAGAGAGCUUCAGAAUGGCGCAGGUUAGGAGUGAUGAUCAUGUUGGAUUGUGCGCGCAGUACUUUGACUCGCUGUUGAAUGUUAUCGAAGGUGACGCAGACGGUGCGGAUGGUCCGGGUGGCGGCAGAGCGGGAAGAUCUUUGUUAAGCAACACAAGUGUGUUGGCAGGGACGAAGAGGUCGAGAAGCACGCUAGACGUACACCGUUCAGCUCAAGGUGGUGAUGACGAAGACGGCAGUGGUGCAACAUCAGCACCAAGGAGUGUUGCUCAGACUGCAGCUUCAGACAGCACCGCCUUGGCACGCUCUAGUUUAGCAGGUCCAGCAUCGGCUGCUUCUCGCGCUGGUGUUCCACAGCAAGGGUCCCAGCUUCGUCAUCAAACCUCUUCAGCACCGACGCGCCAUCAUCAUGCGAGCACGACAAACAUGGACGCGUCUGCAGCCGAGACUUUACUCAAUCUUCACUCAGAAAGCAGCAGCAGCAGCAGCAGUAGCAGUCAGCCUCACGGGUCGGCCUCUGCCGAAGGCGACGACGAGACCUCUGCUGCCGGCAACAAAGCUACAGCUGGAGUUGCUAGCACGGGCGAAAAUUCGUCUUCACAGGUCGGUGGGCGAAUGUUCUCCAGCAGCACAGCGUACUACCCAUCCUCUUCGAGCUCACAUCAUCUGGCACACAGGGUUGGCAGCACACCACCUUCCUCUUCCUCCGUUCCGCCCGCAGCAGGCGCAGCAGGAGCCUUCUCACCAGGAAGCUUCAUCAGUACAGGCAUGUUUGGACACUUUGCCGCGCCUGCAUCUUCCAUCCCCAACUCGCCUCAGCAUCCAGGUUUCUACUCUGGACACCAUCCUCAACCGCAUCAUCACCACCAUCAUCAGCAUCAUCAGCCGGCAUAUCAGCAUCAGCAUGCUGGUAGUGGUGGUGGGUAUGUGCCGCCUCAUUCUGGGGCUGCGGGAGAGUUCGGGUUUGCGCCUGGUGUGCUCGCCCCUCCUGGAGGCGGGACAAUGACGCCAACUGGACAGGGGGGAACAGGAACUUCAACGCCCGUGGAUUGGACUUGGUUGCAGAGCUUUUUGGAGGUUCCCGAGUUUUCUUGGAUGUAG